AUGGCUCCACAACCGAUUCCAUUCCCCGGCUUCACGCCGAUAUCUGAUCGGGUAUACAUUCGCGACGGCAAUGAAAAAGCCAAGCCAGUCCCAGCGGACGAGCCAACAACAAUUCUAAUCUCUGGCUGGGGCGACGGCAUGCCCAAGCACGUCACCAAAUACACUGAGGGCUACCAUGAGCUUUUCCCGUCGGCUCGCAUUAUCGUGGUUCUGUCGCGCACCCUUCAGGCAUCGAACCAGCCAGAGGAAGAAAGAAUCAAAGCCAUGAUGCCUGUCGUUGAUACUAUCUUCCCGACCCCGACGGGCAGUGGGGGCGAAGAAGAGCGCGUCCUUAUCCAUGCCAUGUCGAACACGGGCGCGAUUUUCGCCGCCGCUGCCAUCGUCGGAUAUCAGCGACGACACGGCAAGGACAAGACUUUCCCACACAAGCUAUUGGUCUGUGAUUCCACACCUGGUAGUCUGGACUUCGCCUCGCAGGUCGGGCGCUGGUCGCGGGCGAUGGCCGUCGGGACGGCGAAGUUCUUUCCCUGGCCAUUCAUCAUUACGCAGGGCUUGUGGUAUGCUUUCCUCUGGGCUAAUUGGGCCUGGGAAGUUCUGCGUGGGUCAGAGCCUUCGGGUGUUUGGGCGAAUCGAGUAAUGAAUGAUAAGUCAAUCAUUACCACCGAAGCCAACAGGCUGUACCUGUACUCCAAGGAAGAUGAGAUUAUUGGGUGGAAGGAUUUGGAGGAAAAUGUUGCGGGUGUUAAACAGUUGGGCUACUCUGUUGAAUUGGAGAUGUUUGAAGGCUCACCCCAUGUCGGACAUAUGAGAUUGCACCCCGAGCAGUAUUGGAACCGGAUUUCUGGCUGCUGGAAGCAAGCGAUGGCGCAGAAAUAA